AUGGCAACGUCACCAUCAUUCCCGUCGGCAAGAUCAUACAAUUCGGUGCUCGACUUCAAAUCGUCAUCGUCGGCGGUGAGUCCCGUCACGUCGUCGUCGUCGGCCGUGAGCAGAAACAGCCAAGGCUGGAUAGUGCAGAAGUUUGGAGGCACUUCAGUCGGCAAGUUUGCCGAGGACAUAGUCGAGAACAUUGUGCGGGUGUUUAACCAACAGAAUAAAGUCGCCGUGGUCUGCUCCGCGCGCUCGUCCAACACCAAGAGCGAAGGCACCACGUCGCGCUUGCUCCGUGCUGUCGAGUUGGCCUCGCAAAAUGGAGACUUUGCCAGCUUGCUAGACGUGAUUGAGGUGGAUCACGUUGAAAACUGCGGUUGCAAAAUCAAGUCGCUGGCGAUUCGCAAACAAUUAACCCACGAUAUCAAGCUGGAGAUUCAACAUGGGCGAGAACUAUUGCAUGCGUGUCAGAUCAUUGGCGAAAUCAGCCCCAGAAGUCUCGACUCGAUCAUGUCCUUGGGUGAAAAAUUGUCGUGCUUGUUUAUGACUGCUUUAAUGCAGGACCACGAUUUAAAUGCCGUUUACAUUGAUUUAUCGGAUUUGAUCCCCUUGACCUACAACUUCAAUAACGGGUUUGACGAUGCCUUUUACCGGUUCAUGUCUGAUGAAAUUGGCGCUAGAAUCAAAGAAGUUACUGAAAACAACAACGAAGACGACGUGAUCCCCGUGCUCACUGGUUAUUUCGGAAUCGUGCCUGGUGGAUUAUUGAACGGGGUAGGCAGAGGCUAUACUGAUCUAUGUGCCGCGUUAGCUGCCGUUGGAAUCCAAGCCGACGAGCUACAAAUCUGGAAAGAAGUCGAUGGUAUAUUCACGGCCGAUCCACGGAAAGUGCCCAAUGCGCGAUUGCUAGACAGCGUCACCCCGGAGGAAGCCGCCGAGUUGACCUACUACGGAAGCGAAGUUAUACACCCAUUCACCAUGGAACAAGUGAUCAAGGCCAAAAUACCGAUUAGAAUCAAAAACGUGGAAAACCCCAAGGGCAAAGGCACCGUGAUUUACCCCGACAACAUUGCAAGACGCGGAGAAGAAACCCCCCCGCAUCCACCCGCCGCUUACGAGACCCUUUCCUCGAGCUACAUCUCGCUGCACAAGCGCCGUUCCGCCACCGCCAUCACCGCCAAGCAGGACAUUGUGGUGAUCAACAUCCACUCAAACAAAAAGACGUUGAGCCACGGAUUCCUAGCCCACAUCUUCACCACCUUGGACAAGUACAAGCUCGUUGUCGACUUGAUCUCGACCUCGGAAGUGCACGUCUCGAUGGCACUCUCGGUGCAAAUCGACCAAGAGUUGCAGCUCAAGAAUGCCAUUCACGAGUUGACGAGAAUGGGCUCGGUGGACGUGACGCGGAAAAUGACGAUCAUCUCGCUCGUGGGCAAGCAAAUGGUGAAUUUCAUUGGCAUCGCGGGCAACAUGUUCAAGAUUUUGGCUGAUGAACGCAUCAACAUCGAGAUGAUUAGCCAGGGUGCCAACGAGAUCAACAUCAGUGCUGUUAUAAAUGAGAAGGACACGUUGCGUGCGUUGAGGUCGGUGCAUGCGCAUUUGCUAGAGGGCAACCAUUUUGUCUACGAGCUGGAGAACGCUAGCGCUGUUGACGUUAGAUUGGAGGCUUUGAAGAUGCUGUAG